AUGUCUAACCAGAGCAGCAGUGGUCAUCACCACCAUCACCACCACCACCACCACCAUUCGUCACAUACGGGCGAACAAAGGAUUGGAAAAUAUCAGAUAAUCAAAACGCUGGGAGAGGGUUCUUUCGGUAAGGUGAAGCUCGCAUAUCAUGUUACGACGGGCCAGCGUGUGGCACUUAAGAUCAUCAACAAGAAGGUGCUUGCGAAAAGUGACAUGCAAGGGAGAAUCGAACGUGAGAUCUCGUAUCUUCGGUUGCUGAGACACCCGCAUAUCAUUAAGCUGUACGACGUGAUCAAAUCCAAGGAUGAAAUCAUCAUGGUGAUUGAGUAUGCGGGGAAUGAGCUUUUUGACUACAUUGUGCAGCGCGACAAAAUGAGCGAGACGGAAGCACGCCGCUUCUUUCAACAGAUUAUCAGUGCGGUCGAGUACUGCCACCGCCACAAGAUUGUGCAUCGGGACUUAAAGCCGGAAAAUCUGCUUUUGGACGAGCAUCUUAAUGUCAAAAUCGCCGAUUUUGGUCUCUCUAACAUCAUGACCGAUGGUAAUUUUUUGAGGACGUCAUGCGGGUCGCCCAACUACGCCGCGCCAGAAGUUAUCAGCGGGAAACUUUACGCGGGUCCUGAGGUUGAUGUGUGGUCCUCCGGUGUCAUUCUGUAUGUGAUGCUGUGUCGAAGAUUACCCUUUGAUGACGAAAGCAUACCAGUGCUGUUCAAAAACAUCAGCAAUGGUAUCUACACACUUCCCAAAUUUUUGUCCCCAGGAGCCACGAAUUUGAUCAAAAGAAUGCUCAUUGUAAAUCCGCUGAACAGAAUCACUAUUCAUGAAAUUAUGACUGACGAGUGGUUCAAAGUUGAUUUACCAGAAUAUCUAGUUCCUCCAGACAUGAAAAAUAACGCCAGUGACGGGGAAAAUGAUCCCACCACGGCACAGGACGAAGAAGUUGACGAUACUUUAGUGACAGCACUUUCGAAGACGAUGGGUUACGACGGAGACGAAAUUUACGAAGCUCUAGAAUCUGGUGAGGACAAUGCUACAUUCGCAGAGAUAAGGGACGCAUACAUGUUAAUCAAAGAGAACAAGUCGUUGAUUGACGAUCUCAAAGCCAAUAAGGCUCAGAGUAAUGAGCUCGACACAUUUUUGUCCCAAUCUCCUCCCACAUGGGAACAAAAACCACGCAACGGCAGUCCCUCAGGUUCCGGGCACCGUCAGCAUCAUCAUUUCAAAAAAAGCGGCCAACAACGCACAUACCAGUCACCUUUUGGAGAUCAGCAAAAAGACGAAGACAGUACGAUCGCCAUUUUGCCAAGCUCUCUACCUCAAAUACAUCGCGCAAACAUGCUCGCCGAGGGUUCCUCUGCUGCUACCAAGAUUUCUCCUCUAAGCACCAAAAAGUCCAAAACUAGAUGGCAUUUUGGAAUCCGUUCCAGAUCCUACCCGCUAGAUGUUAUGGGAGAGAUCUAUCUUGCUUUGAAAAACUUGGGUGCUGAAUGGGCCCGUCCUUCCGAAGAAGAUCUUUGGAUUAUUCGGGUUCGUUGGAAAUAUGAUUGCAAACAACCUUCCACCGACAAUAUCCCGGAUCUCAUGAAAAUGGUCAUACAACUAUUUCAAAUUGAAGCCAAUAACUAUUUGGUCGAUUUCAAGUUCGAUGGUUGGGAAACCAGCCAAGGUGGUUCUGCAACUCCUUCGAGUAACGAAGAUGAGAUGAGUACAUUUUCGGCUUACCCAUUUCUACAUUUGACUACUAAGUUGAUCAUGGAGCUCGCCGUUAAUAGCCAAGGUGCUUAA